CAGCUUAUCACAACAAAUAUCCAAAAGCAGCAGCAGCACUCCCAUCUCCCCACCCCGAAUUUUAUAUUCUUUCGAUCACACACAGAUACAUAUAUAUACAUAUACAUAUAUAGAGAGAUAUAUAACCCGUCUUUUGCUCGCAAUCAGAUGAGCAGCAGUACGACGUCGCAGUUAAUGGACAAGCAGAUCAUGGAUCUAUCGAGUUCGCAGAGCAUAGCUACUGUCAGCAGUAACACUGACUUCAUCGACUUCAUGAAUCGUCCUCCGGGGAAGAAAGACGACAUCGUCCCCAGCUACGAUUUCAUGCCGAUUCGCCCAGCCGUUGGAUCGUCGUCACCUCCGCCUCCGACUACGCGGUCGUCCAAUUUUGACUUCGGUGACGACGAUGGUCCGCUCAGGACGUGGAACUCUUUGGACUCCAAAACUAAUGCCUCUCCUAUUAGAAAUUACACUUCUCUUGAUGCCGGUGAACCUGCCAAAUUCAUUCUGGGGAAGAGUCACAAACCCGUAAAUGCAUCUUUGGAUGUGUCUUUGGUUUCUGAGAUUGAUAGGACAAUGAAGAAGUAUGCAGAUAAUCUGAUGCAUACCCUGGAUGGUGUGAGUGCACGAUUAUCACAGUUGGAAACAAGGAGUCGUAACCUUGAAAAUUCCAUGGAUGAUCUGAAGGAGUCCAUUGACAACAACCAGGGGAGCACUGAUGGGAAAAUUAGACAGUUGGAGGAUAUUCUUAGAGAGGUACAAGCUGGUGUACAGGUUAUAAGGGAUAAACAAGAAGUAGUUGAAGCUCAAUUGCACAUUGCUAAACUGCCAAUUCCAAAGGUGGAACAAGAAGCUGAAAUCCAGAAGAAUCCACAUAUCGGUUCUGCCCAGCCUGGUGCAUUGGCUGACCCGCAAUUCUCUACAUUUUCUCUUACACAACCAAUCCCAAUGCUCCCUCCACCUAAUGCUCCACCACCUCCACAGCAGAACUUGCAGCCUCAGGUUCAGCUUCCUAACCAGUUCCCUCAGAACCAGGUUCCUUCUGUCCCUCAGCAACAGCCUCACUUCCCACCAUCUGGUCAAACUCCAGAAAACCCAAGUCUGCGAUACCAAAUAACAACACCACAGCAGCAGCACCUGGCUCCACCUUCACCAGAGCACCAAUACAAGUUACCAUCCCAACUGCAGCAACCCUUAUUCCCAGGUGUUAACCCUACUCCACCUCAGCCAUCGUUAGGUCAUCCUCCUGAAGAAGCACCAUAUACUCCUCCAAAUUACUCACCACCUGUUCGCCCAUCUUCCUCUUAUUCCCCAUCUGCUGUUCCUCCCCUUCCCUCUCAACAAUUUUAUGGACCUACACCAAGUGUCUAUGAGGCUCCUUCUGGCAGACCUGGUCCAGGAUAUUCUGGUUCAUUUGGUCCAACAUCAGGUCAUGGGGAGCCAUACACUUAUAGUAGCCCUCCACCGCACUAUGGUGAUGGCCCCCCCAUGAAACCAAUACAACUUUCUUCUCAGUCUUUGGGCCAGAGUGGUGGAAGUGGUUAUCCACAUCUUCCUACUGCUCGAAUAUUGCCUCAGGCACUCCCUACAGCCUCCGGCUCAGCUGGUGGUUCUGGAAAUAGGGUUCCUAUUGAUGAUGUGGUUGACAAGGUGACAAACAUGGGAUUUCCAAGAGAUCAAGUGAGGGCAACGGUUCGAAAGUUAACGGAGAAUGGACAGUCAGUUGAUUUGAACAUAGUACUAGACAAGUUGAUGAAUGAUGGGGACGGCCAAGCUCAACGAGGUUGGUUUGGCCACUAAUGGGUUUCUUUUACUUCAUGAGACCUUUCUUCUUGUGCUUUUAUAGUGAUUGUUACUCUUGUUUUUCUGUUUUUGUUUUCCAAUGUAUAUUCAUAUCUGCUGCUGUUAACAUUUAUUGUACUCAACACCUUAUACUUGAGAGCAUUGGAACUCCUGUUCCAAGAUAUUCGCCGCCCAUGACUUUUUGCAAGUUCUUUCCUUCUUUUAGUGAAAGCAGGCUAGUUCAAGUAUCAUUUAUACAUGUACAUUUUAUUCGA